CAUGUUGAAGAAAAUCAGUAUGUUGGGGUUGCAGGGGGGGACAAACACAGCCGCCAUGAAGCUGAGUCACAUGCUCACAGAGUGGGCUCUUUAUGUCUGUCCUGCUGUGCUCCUGGCCACCCAGAUGUCACCGGCUGGAUGUCAUGCGGCUGCCAGUUCGGAGACUCUGACGUGUGAAGGACUGGUCAGCACUGAGCACGGCAGCUGCCAUGUUGCUGCUGCUAAGGAGGAUGAGGGUGAUGAAGACAAUGACGAUAUGACCCGCUCCAGCGAAGCUGGCUUCCAGGUCAAGGGCUACACGUUCAGUAAACCCUUCCAUCUCAUCGUGUCCUAUGACUGGCUGAUUCUCCAAGGUCCAGCAACAUCGGUAUUUGAAGGAGACACAUUGGUUCUGCACUGCCGUGCCUGGCAAGACUGGCCGCUGACUCAGGUCAUCUUCUACAGAGAGGGCUCAGCCCUGGGUCCUCCUGGACCUAAAAGGGAAUUCUCUGUCCCUGUGGCACAAAAGUCAGACAGUGGGCACUACCACUGCAGCGGCAUCUUCAGGAGCCCUGGGCCUGGGAGCCGGGAGACAGCAACCCCUGUGGCUAUCACCAUCCAAGAGUUGUUUGAAGCCCCAGUUCUCAAAGCCUUACCUUCUAGUGAGCCCCAAGAGGGAGGCUCAGUAACCCUGAGCUGUCAGACAAAGCUGUCUCUGCAGAGGUCAGCUUCCCGCCUCCUCUUCUCCUUCUACAAGGAUGGAAAGCCACUGAGUACCAGAGGAGUCUCUUCAGAGCUCCAGAUCCCCAGAGUCUCAGAAGAACACUCUGGCUCCUACUGGUGCGAGGCAGCGACUGAGGACAGGCAGAUUGCCAAGCAGAGCCCACAGCUGGGAUUCCGGGUGCAGGCUCUUCAGAAACCAACUGCUUCAGAAACUCCUCCUACAGAAGCUCCUGGUCCUCUGCCUUCACCUGCUCCUUCUGCUGAGCUGCCAGGAUUCUCCUCCUCAGACCCCCACCUUCACUACCAGAUACGCCUUCUUCUCAAACAAAUGCAAGAUGUAAGAGUUCUCCUUGGUCAUCUGGUCAUGGAGCUGAGGGACCUGUCUGUAUACCUGAAGCCUGGUACCACAAAGGUUGCUGACAAAUGAAAGCAAGCUAUUCAUCUGUGAUACGUUCAGCCACCUCAAUAACUCCAGCUCUUUCUGUACCACACAUAUAUAGACGUAGUUUUGCAAGCUGGUUUGAUACUUUGUUAGAAUAGUGGAACUGUUUGAGUUAAAUAAAUGCAUACAGGGUUAUAGCCAGAAUUUGCCUAUAACUAUAUUUUGUUUAGCUACGACAAAGUCAUUCUGCAUUCUAGACCAGGAAUUUCUUUCUGUUGCCCAGAACAGAAUUUAAAGAGAAGCAAAAGAGGUAACUUUGUAUUACAAUAUCAGCUAGGGACAAUUUCUCUUCCCUAUUUUCCCACAGGAAACAUUAGCAAUGUCUCUUAGACAUCUGGAUUUCACACAGGGUGGGAAGGAUGUAUAUGCUACUAGAAUUUAAUAAGUUAAGGCAUUUAUAAGCCAAGGAGGCCAAUAACCAUCCUAUAAUGCACAGGACAACCCUUUUCCCCAAUAAAAAAUUUCCUAUUCCCAAAUUUUAUUAAUGUUAAAGUUAUGAAAUAUGAGGCUAAUAAAAGCUAGGUGUCAAUCUGA